GGAAAUUUGGAUUCCUGCUGAGAUUCCUUGGAGAGAUCCAGACAUGAAGACCUUACUGAUUUUAGGACUUGUGCUCUUCUGUGGCCAGUUCACACUGAACUUGGCCCAGGAACAAUCCUCUGAGCCUGCCCAGGCAUCAGGGACAACAGCAACUGGAACAGAUGACAACACAAAGACUCCCUCAGACCCCAUCUUGUAUUUAAAAGCUAACAUACACCUUGAACUGUUGAAGAAGCUUCAGAAAUUCUAUGAAAUUGUUAAGAAAAUACCAUUUUGGGGAGAUAUUUUGGGAAUGUUUAAGAUUGAUGUUUCAAAUGCCAAAAUCUUGAAUAUUGACAUUACACAUAAAACCGGCAGUAGCAGUCUGUCUGCCAAUAUUCCCGUGGAUUUUACAUUGCACAUAAGAACACUCCUACACCAGAUUUCAGUCCAUGUCAAUGCAAACACAUCACUGGUUCUCACAACUGAAGAGAAUGGAAAUGGAAAAUAUCAUAUGGUUGUUUCUAAGUGUCAUUCAAGCCCUCAACUUAUGGAAAUGAAUGGUCUACAAACGAACACUUUUAAAGAUAUGAUGAAAAUUAUAACCAAUAUUGUGGAUAUAAUUGUCCAGGAGGUUGGUUCUAAAAUAGUGUGCCCUGGAAUAAGAUUUGUAACCACAAAUUUGAUGACUUCAGACAAGGUAGAACUCUUAAACAAAAUGUAUUUGAGCGGCAGCAUUACUGCCUAAUUCUUCAUUAAAUGGACAGCUUUCCACCUCCAAAGAGCCAUUUAAGUCCAGAGGACAAAUUGCUGGAUCUUGUGUUUGAGAGAAAAUGUUUUCCCUUUGCUGACUCCUGCCACAGUAUCCUUACUUGGGCUUAUUGGAGCCACUUUCCUUGUAUGAAGAUUGUCUUUGGACAGUGAAUUCCUUCUCCCAGUUUCUCCUACAAUAAACUUCCCACUGUUUCA